AUGACCAGGCCAUGUCUUGUUUCUGUUUGUCCUGAGACCUGCACUGGAGUUCCUGUUCUCUGGCCAGAGGACCUCAGACCUUUUCUGAUGCUCUUUCCUUGGGAGCACUACCAUAGCGGCCCUGAUUCACUCCCUUUCACCGUCGACAUCAGUAACUGUGCGACACCUCGUGCUCGAUCAAAACUUUGUCUGGGAUGCUCGGCUAUGCAGGAUAUUCCAUGCGAAGAGUGUGCUGACAUCCCCACGCACAUUGCAUGCAUUGCCGAAGUCACAAGGGAUCCGAAAUCACACACCAACUACAAAUUUUUGGGUCUUGCGCAUAUGCAAGACAUUGCCAGGAUCUAUGCCAAUAAACUGAAUGAACUCAAGCUGCAGGUGAGUUGCAUUUAA